ACACUUCCUUCCGUGCAUGCCCAAUUCAAUACUCAGAGAAACUUUCUCGCGCGGUUUCUUACUUUCUUCAUCCUGUUUGGUUACCGAGAAAAUGCGGGAAACUAAAGACCCUGCUAUCAAGCUAUUCGGCAAGGAAAUCCCCGUGCUGGAAGGCUUCGGUACUCCGGAGAUCUUCGACUUUGAACGGAGCUCUACUGGGACGGAGUCUUCAGAGGAAGAGAAAGCAGACAAGGAUUCUCCUGCUGGAAAAGCCGCAGAGACCAUGCAACAUACUUCCCCUGAAAAUACAGAAGAAUCAGCAAAUCCAGAGAAUAUGCAAGAGAGUGAUGUGAACCCGAAGACACCAACUAUUGACGAAGAAUCUGCAAAGCCAAAGACGACCAUGACAGAGGAAGAACAGAGUGGGACAAUGAACUCACAAGAGAAAACUUUGAAGAAGCCGGACAAGAUACUUCCGUGCCCCCGCUGCAAUAGCAUGGAUACAAAGUUCUGUUACUACAACAAUUACAAUGUCAACCAACCCCGUCAUUUCUGCAAAGCCUGUCAAAGAUAUUGGACAGCAGGGGGUACAAUGAGAAAUGUGCCUGUUGGAGCGGGACGCCGCAAGAACAAGAAUUCCGUGUCACAUUAUCAUCACAUCAACAUCUCUGAGGCACUCCAGGCUGCUAGAAUGGAAACUUCAAAUGGCACUCACCAUCCUGUAUUGAAAAGUAAUGGCAGAGUCCUUAGCUUUGGGUUAGACAAGCCAAUAUGUAGUUCUAUGGCUUCUGUGUUAACUCUUUCUGAUAAGGAUAUCUUCAAUGGCACCAGAAAUGGGUUUCAUGGCCAUGAGGAGCAAAGAAAUCCAGGUCCUUGCAAAGGUCGAGAAAAUUGUGAUGACUGCUCAAGCGGAUCUUCCGUCUUACUUUCUACUUCAGCGGAGGAAGGGGGCAGAAAUUGCUCACAAGAACCAUCAAUGCAAAAUGUUAAUGGAUUCUCUUCUCCGAUUCCUUGUCUUCCUUGGGCUUAUCCAUGGAACUCUGCAGUGCCCUCACCUGCUUUCUGCCCUCCAGGAUAUCCCAUAUCAUUCUAUCCUGCCUAUUGGAACUGUAAUUUUGGUGCCACGUGGAAUAUCCCUUCGUUAUCUCCGCAAUCUUCCUCAUCAAACCAAAAGGCUCCAAGCUCCGGUCCAAAGUCUCCCACACUAGGGAAGCAUUCAAGGGAUGGGAACAUGGAUAAAUCCGAUGAUCUUGAGGAACAGCCUUGUAGACAGAAAAAUGGACGUGUUUUGGUCCCCAAGACCCUAAGAAUUGAUGACCCAACUGAGGCUGCAAAAAGCUCUAUAUGGGCAACACUGGGAAUCAAGAAUGAAUCAAUAAAUGGGGGAGGAAUAUUCAAGUCCUUCCUAUCAAAGGGUGAUGAAAGGAAUCAUAUAUCUGAAACCGCUCGGGUAUUGCAAGCAAAUCCUGCUGCCUUGUCUAGAUCCAUCAACUUCCAGGAGAGCUCUUGAAGGUGUGGUAGUUUCCUGUGGUCCUUCAGUGUUUCAUAAAGGCAGGAAGAUUUUCAGCAUCCUUCAUGGAUUAUUUUUAAUUGAUCAGCCUUAAUGCUAACUGAACUAGCUAGCUGAUUGACUGAAAGCAAAGACCAGGGGAGAUAAGUUUCUGGUUGGCAAUAAGAUGGGGAUAAAAUCUCUUUUAGGAAAAGUGCCUCUUUGUAACAGUAUGCGCAGAUAUCUUUAUUUUCUCUGCUUGGUUUGCUGAGUUUUUGUCCUGUAAAUAUGUGUGUGUGUAAUGGUGGUGAGUGUAUAGUUGGAGAAUGAUCUUUAGAUGUAUGAAAAUCCAUGUGUACUGGGUUAGAACUUUCUUUCUAGAGCUGGAAAAUGUACCCUUUGCCCCAAUUUUCCUGGGUCCUGUAUAUACACUAACUGCAAGUAUUUUGUUUGUUGAACUUUACAAAAUGGACCAUUUUAGAC